AUGACAACACAAACGGGGGGAAAAAAUCAUCCCCCUGUCUUUUUUUUUCGGCUACCUGUGCGUCUCAGACUGUUGCCAUGGUCAAACGAUGACAUGAAUCACUCUCACUGGGUCACCACGGGAAGAAACUUACAUUUACACACACAGAGAUGCUUACUAACCGCUGUCAUGCACGAAAACUACAACACAAACCAAAAGAAAAUGACGGGCAUCGCGCGUACGUGUUCUUCGGCGUGUCGGCAUGGAAGUAAUAAUGAAAAAAAAAAACACGUCCACCCUUUGACUUUCUUUCUUUUUACGACCAACUCUUCUCCCUGUUUCCGCCAUCUGCGAACCGCGCGCCGGCACGCGUGCUCACCUGAACGCACUAUCUACUGGUUGGAAUACGAACGGAUAUCAGACUUACCAAUCGAGGAACAAGAGAAAAGAGGAGCAACUACGUUUGUAGCAUAUACGCUUUUUUAA